AUGAUUAUGGAGACAAAUUCUGAGAUCAAGAGAAAAACUUUAAAAGGUAAGUGUCUAGAGGAGAAUCAUUCUUGUGUAUUUUAAUACAUCCCAGUGAGAGAUAAUAAACACUUAAUGACUGGUAACAAGGGAAACAAAAUUUACUGUUUCCCAAGGGACCAGUCUUUAAGUGAUUUGUUAUGUAGUUGGAAAUUUUGAAGCUGGACAUUCAUCUAACCUUGCUGUAACAGAGGUCAUCAGUCAACAUUCGCAGGUAACAGUGAAAUGUUACCCUCUGACAUCAUAGAUUUUUUGCAGUGUUGCCUGCUCAGAGAUUUUGGCGAGAAACAGUUUCAUUGUUAGAUGUCAUGUGAUCUUGAAGUAACCAAUUAGACUGCACGCUGUUGAAAAGAAAUUUCCACCUAUAUAACAAUUUUAAUUAUCUCUCACUGGGAUGCUGCCAAACAAAAGCUAAGCAGGUUUUUGAUUAUUCAAGCUUCCCAGCUCUUUUACUCAGCCUGCAAAAUUAGUAGUCAACCGCCUCUUAGUUACAUCCCAGUCUCAUACAAGCAUUUCCUCAUUUAGUUGCAAUUAACCUUGUCUCUAUCAAGUAGCUCCAUUUUUUUUCCAGAACCCUAUUGGACUAAUUUUAUUGUCUUUGUCAAUAUUAAAUAACCAUUCCUUAAAAAAAAAAUAAAUAAAAAUGUUGUCUGCUGGGCAAAGUGUGAUUAAAAAAUUCCUGUUAAUUGGAUUUAUAUCCUAACUCAGUUUUGCUGGUUUUAAUAACAAGGUCAUCAAAAAGAGAAUUAUUGAUCCUCCUGAGUUUUUACUUUCAUAAAGUAUUAGAGCAGUUAAAAACUUAUUUUCAGACAAAUUUUCUCUUGCAAAGCUUUUUUCAUUUUGUGGUACACUAUACCUGAACACACGUAUGUAGGCCUUUGCAUGACAUGGCAUUCACAUAGUGGCUGACAGAGCGGCUAUGUACAUGUUAAGGUGAAAAAAGUGAUUUAUUUUGGGGCAUUUUGCUAUCUGAACAGUCAUUGUAUUAGAAAAAGUAUUACUUUAAUGUUUAUGAGUUCCUUGAGAGAUGUAUCCUGCUUUCAUUGCAAAAAACAUGACUGAUGUUUCUAUUGGUUUCCGGCUGCCUUGUUGGCGCCCAUGGGCACCAGCAUUGCAUCUCUAUACACAUAUUUGGGAAAAUCAUUUCUCCGAAUAUCUUGCAUAUGAAAAAUAAUUGUACUGACCUGAAUCUUAGCAAGGAUCUUAGGAUAUUUAUCUCCUUUCAUUACCCAGAUUCUGGAAUAUAUCUAUUGAACAGUUCUGACUUAGUUUUAUUUUUGAAGGUGUGAUUUUGAAAACUAGAAGUAAUAUUCAAUAAUAGUUAGCAAAUUGUCAAGGAUGAGCGGACACCCUUAGGAUGUGAGAAAGGUGUCCAUAACUAGAGCUGGCCACAUACGGAAAUGUAAAAAUACAGAGUUUGUUUGGGAGUUGAGAGAAGCAGGGUUUUGUGAAAGCGGCCGUAAGAAGAGCUAUCUGCUUACAAGAGUGUCCAUUAGGAAAGCUUUCAGUGUAGUUUCUUUUGAUUCACCUAUAAGUUAGCAAGCUCUGUACAUUCAUUCUUGGUCUCUAAAUGUACAUGUGUACAGUCAGGUAAUUGUCCUCAUUUCUUUUCAUAUGUCAAACAAUGGGAGGUUACUCUCCCUUGCAGCCGUUUUUGUCUCCUCAAGCAACAGGGGGAGCUUUGUGUGACAAGACAAAAUUAAACGACUGUGUGGGAGACUGAGCAGAGGUAUCCUUUGUGUAAAAUUCACUGUGAAGACCUACAUACGUGUAAUGUCAGAACUCUUGUCUCUUAUUUCUUUCAAAGCCAAUUAAUCCUGUUUUCAGCCACCAAGCUUGAGCAAUCUCCCAUUUUCCAGAAUCAGUCCAGAGAUAGUAAAAUCCCCCAUUUUGGUGAAUCAUUUCUCACUUGAGCAUUUCGUCUUUCCACAGCUUUAAAGCGCUCCCAUUUUAGGUCCUGGUUUGAACCACCUCCAAGCUAUGUCAUAGCCAGAGGACCAAAGGCGGUAGCAGCUUAUCAAAGAGCAAAAGAAACAGGAAAGAUACUCGACAGGCGGGUGAAAGUCGUACUGAUUGGUCAGGAUCGUGUGGGAAAGACAAGUGUUGGGAGGUCACUCAAGGGUGAGCCCUUCAGAGCGAAUGAGACGAGUACUGAUGGAGUGCAAAUGCAUACACCGCUAAAGAAUCCGGGAAUUCAGCCAUGGAAGUUCUCUGUCAUGCAGCAGGAAACAACUGCGUAUCACCACAAAUGUGCUGAGUACAUUGGCAGAGAAUUGUUGGCUGAAGCAAAAGCUGAGGAGACUAGAGCUUAUAAAGAGUUUAUUAAUAAAUUUCCAAGGCCAACUAAACGACCAAGACCAACAAAUCGACUUAAUCACGAGUCCUUGGAUCUAAUAUUAGAUCUGACAGGUAUGAAUUAAACAUUUAUAAAUAGACCCAGUGUUUAAUCUGUCCUUUCCAAAAAACCUCAGAAUUUUCGCAUUAUGAUUUUGUUCUUUCAGUAAGGUUAGUGGUAGCUGCAAUAAUUAUUGCCUUAUCAUAGCUUUCGUUCAUUACUAUGUGGGUCUUUCCAUCCACAAUUGUUUAGAUACAAUGUUCCUUACAAAUAGUCAGUUUUAAAGGAAACAUGCACAUCAGUAACAAUUUGACCUUUAAUUGUUUGAAGUAUUACGUCCAAAUUACAAUUCUCUCUCCAAAGAAGGAACAAUAAUAUUGUGGUAGGCUUGUAUCAUCGAAAACUGGUUUUAUUGUAGGUUAGGGAAAGGGUUGCAACUACAUGCAUAGUAGGAAACUUUAGUAGGAAACUUUUUGCUUUAAUGUUAAGCUUUCAUGCUGUUAUUGGACUAAUGAUUUGGUCUUCUUUUCUUUUUUUGCAGAAAUUCCUGAUAUUUUCGGCUCUGAAUCAACAAGGAACCAGCUUGGUGAGGUAAUAAACAUUGCUUCUGCCUUCUGCCUUUCAUGACAAUUUUGUGGUCAUGAUGCUCAUUAUUUUUUAAUCUUUCACAGAUUCCAGAACAGGAGGAUGGCAACAUACCAGACGAAAUUGUACGUCUCUUGGAUGGGAAACAAAAGGAAGAGUUUGCUGCCCUUCCAGAUAGAGUUUGGCCCGUCAUUUGGGACUUAGCUGGCCAGGCUGUGUAUCGUGCCAUUCAUCCCAUUUUCAUGUCACCCGAGGCAGUUUACAUCCUGGUGUUUGAUCUUGUAAAAGAACUUACCUCCUCAGCUCAGUGUAAAGUAAGAACAGAGGGUUGUGAAGAGGUCGAAAUUGCAGCUCCCGACAGCGGCGACACAAACCUUGAUCACAUUAUGAGGUGGCUGGACUUGGUGCACUCUUUAAGACAAUCUUCAAACGGGGAGACUCUACCCCCAGUGGUACUUGUGGGAACACACGCUGACUGCGCAAACAGCGACAGAAUGCUUGCUCUUAAGAAAUUCCUUAGUAGAAAUGCCAGAGUUUUAAGUAAACGUAUUGCACAGACCUUAACAGUAGAUAACACGCGCGCUGGUGAAUCUCCCAGCCAAGAAGACCGACAGAUUGUGAAGUUACGUCAAGAGAUACUCAACGCGGCGGACACCAUGCCCCACACAAACAUACGAGUUCCCUUGAAAUGGCUUGAGGUGGAAAACAAGGUGUAUGAGCUAUCCAAGCAGGGAGAAAAAUAUAUGACAAGGCAAAGAUUCAAGAUGGAAAUCUUUGACUAUCAAGAAUUCCUAGGAGAUGAUGAAGAUGAGGAUGAUUUUGAUGAUAGCAAUGAAGAUGAGGUCUCUGUUUACGAUGAUGAUGGUGAUGAUGACGAUGAUGUUGAUGGAUAUGAUGAUUGUAGCGAAGUGUGUGUUGAUAAUGUAAACGAUAACACCGAGGAAGGGUUGCUAAUGGAGGAGGAAGAAGAUGAGGAGGAUGAUUUCGAGCACCUGUUAAACUUUUUGCAUGAUCGCGGCACAAUAGUUUAUCAUGAUAGUGCUAACAAUCCAAAUGGCCUUGUUGUGUUAGAUCCGCAAUGGCUUAUUGAUGUUCUGUGCAAAAUAGUGACAGUUAAAGAACAAGAAGAAGAGAGCUUACGAGUUCUUUCACUUCGACAAGACCUUCUUGACAAAGGCAUUCUUCACGCACAGCUCCUUGAACAUGUAUGUAAGAAUCUGAAACUAGAUCGUAUCAAAGACUCCCUUCUUUUCAUCAUGAAGAAGUUUAACCUUCUUUGUGAAUGCAAGAACAAGGAUGGCAUAUCAAUUUACCUGGUACCCUGUAUGCUAACAACUAAGCCAGCAGACGACCUAAUGGGACCGGUAUUCCACGGGUCGGCACCUGUAUUCAUCACCUUUGACACCAACUACGUUCCAGCUGGCUUGUUUUCCAGGUUGCUUGUUCUCUUUGGCGAGUGGGCUGCAUGUAAGACCAGCUGUGAACAGCAACAAUUCUAUGCAAACGCGGCACGGUUUUUCAUUGGAAAAGUUACGUGUCUAGGUUUUGCUUGCUUUAAGACUGUCAUCAAGAUUCACCUUUGGACGAUGGACAACUCCAACCCAGCAGAGACGGAGCCGGAGCUUUGUUCAGAAGUGUCAAGGUAACGUGAAUAAUUUUAGAUAGACGCACGUGCGAUAGUUUUAUUAUUUUAUUCCCUCUCGAAAGGUACUGAUUGGACCCGUGGGUUUCAUUUGUUUAUCUGGUAAAAUCGUCCUGGCGAUUGAGCAUUGUCAUAGAUCGACUGGUUUUACUUGUCUUUUUGCGGCUUGCCUGCAGAACAGGCGCGAUUUUUUCGCGCUUUUCAGGCGAGCGAAGGCAAGCGUGAAGCGAGCGAGGAGCUGCGACAGAUUUGAGACACGCGUGACAGAGGGGGCGUGGAAUAGCUCGCUAUUUUUUCUUCUGCGCCUUCACCCGCCGCGCGUGUCUGGUGCUCCUCGCUCGCUUCGCGCUUACCUUCGCUCGCCUGAAAAACGCGAAAAAGUAACACUUGUUUUGCUGGCUAUUUUGCGGCCCCCUCGGUGACUUGGUGGCCCCUAAACGUGACAGAACGUUCGCGGCCGAAUUUUUACUAAGAGAACGGAUAUUUCAGUUCUGGCAAAUCAGACGCAUGCAAUUGAAUUGCUUCUGGACCUCGUUCGGUAAAACAAGUGCUCAGGGGCAUCUCCGUCUUGAAAAUUCCUUUCCAAUUAACUGCCUUUUUGCCCCCUAGGAUGUUUGAAUCGAUGGUCAUCCAUUGUUACGGUGCAACUUCUCGCGAGACGUGUCUUGUGUACCAGUUUGCCUCUAACUUUUUGUUAUUGGUUACUUGAUUUGAGUGAACCUUAUCUUGACGUUUUCUUUUCAGUGUGUUAAGAUCGAGCCUUGAGAGAUUAAAACGUGAAUGUCAUUGGCUGCGUGCCGUGUCAUGGCAACUUUGUGGUCAAUGUAAACUGUGUCGUGGCAGAGUCAACCCUGAGACUAAAAAGUGUUACUGGCAUCAAACAACAGACUGUUUUCAUGAUGACUGUGCUCAUUAUGUUCCUGUUAACAGUUCGCCUUUUUGCUGUGCUUAUGCUAAAGGACCUGACUUUCGGAUAUCUCAGACUUGGAUUCAGGUAUUGAAGCAGACCAGUUUAGUGUCAUAUCUGUUUUGAUCGUGUUCAAUUUUUUUCUCGGUAGCCUGAGAAAACUUUCAACAUUUCGCGAUACCACCGCUGGUGUCCCUGUGAAAUGACGUCUGAGAAACAAGCGCAAAAUUCCAUACUGAUGACAUGUCACUACCCAGAUCUGGGUAGUGCUUCCCAUUGGUUUCGUCGUGAGGGAUAUUUUCUUCAACCAAUCAAAAGCACUACCCAGAUCUGGGUAGUAACGCGUCAUCAGUAUGGAAUUUCUGCGGUCGUUCCUCAGACGUCAUUUCGCGGGGAAACCAGCGGUAGCGUCGCGUAAUGUCGGCUGUUUUCUAAAGGCACUUGAUGGGUUUGUGACUUUUAUUUUAGAAAGGGUAUUGGUUUAUCAAGUUCACGUGACUGUUGUUGAUUCACUUUGUGUGUCACUGGUUUUCCCUAUGCUUUACCUAUUAUUGCGUCCGUCGAAGAUUUUCCUCGAGUUAGAUUUCUAAACCAGUCUUUUUUUGUAGGCACUUUGUGAGGACAUCAUGUCUAAUCAACAUCCGGGUGAGUUGUUAAAGCGCCUGGUUUAGCAUUAACGAUGACUGAAAAUAGAUCAUGACAAAUUUUAUGUUUCAAAUUAGUAGAUCUUCUGAUUUCUCUCUGUUGCGUAACAACAGAAGUGGAGCCUCUAACGAAGGCUAGUUCUUGAAACGUUUGGUACUUUUUUAGUUCAUCAUCUUGGUUAAUAAACUAAAACCUUUAGGAUUGACCACUGGCAUAUAUGCAUUAUUGACGAGUAAGAUGCAUAUCCAGCCACCUGUACCGAGCGGGUUUGGUUUAUCAAGGAUUUAUUCUGUGCCCCAAAGGUAAACUAUGUUUUUGAUAGUAUAUGGUUUGAAGCCACGAGUCAUGUCAUAAGUAGGUAGACUAUGAUUGUCCCGGGGGGGGGGGGGGGGGGGUGGUGGUGAGUGUAGUCCUUCUUAGGACUGUUGUUGACACUGACUGACGUCUUGACAACCUGUGCGGUAGUAAUCUUCAGAGACAAAGUUUAUAUUUUUUCCUUGCGAGAACAAAGUUGGAAAUCUGAGCUGACAAAAUAGGCCUAUCUCGCCCAUCAGAACAUAGCUAGGACCCGCUUCAUUUUGCCAUAGCGGGGAGCCAGUCAUGAAUAAGUUUAUCAUUCUCUUUCGUAGAUGCACCCCCCACCAAAAGGUCAAAGGUUGUGAAGGAGGAAUGUGAAAGAGUUCUCACAGAGGAAGUUCUUGACGACUUAUCACGCGACAUCGGCAGAUUUUGGAAAUCUUUAGGACUUAAAUUGAAAGUACCAAACGCCAACAUUGAUGAGAUACAAGCUGAUCAAGUGCAAUAUCCGGGUGUGAGGGAAAAAUCAUUUCAAAUGUUGAUGGUUUGGUUUGACAGAGGGGAAUCAGUCACACUCAGUGAAUUGUCGAGAUCGUUAAAGGCUCUUGGAAAAGACAGAUUAGCGAAAAAAUACUGUGGUGACUUUUAGGUAUAAAAUUCAUGUACAUAUGGCAAAAGGUAUUUUUAUGAUCUGUACUAAUUUUAACAUUUUUGUAAGUUUUCAAGUAUAUUUCACAAGGCAUUUUGCUGAAAGUUUCAAGAAGAUAUCAUUUCGUUCAGGACAUUAAUACCCCCAAACAUGAUUCGCUCAUAAUUCACUCUCUUUAUCUGACAUAAGUACUUCCAGGAGCCCAUAGGCUCCCGGUACUUUCCAAUUCUUCUUGGGACUUACAACUGUCGUAAGAAUGAGAGAAAUUUAAAACUAAGCACAUUGUGCAAAAUUUGGGGGACGAAGAGGGGACAAAAGGUAUUAUAGGUAACUCGUAAAAAGGAAAAUUAACCAUUUUUUGAAAAGUUCGAGUGAGCACAUACCAACUUUUCUACUAGUUCUAGGCCUGGCUCACUGCCGCCGGUAAUUUCAUUUCCACAUGUCCUAAAAAUUCUAGUUUAUAACUCUCUUGAUUGCAAGCAUGAUUAGUAUGCACUGACCUGACCUAAAUUUUGAACAUUAAAGCUCUUUGGCUCGCGGUAACAUCACAUAAUAAGCUACGUUCGAUAUACUAAAAUUCUAACAUUAUUCCUUUCUGGUCAUUUUUUUCUGUGUGUUUUGAUUUUCUUUGUACUCAAGUCUUUUCUGGAAAUUGCGAGACAAUGGAGUCAUGAAAAAAAUUUCAAUUUUUCCCCUAAAGCCUUGGAAUCAUGUUAGAAUUUUUUCAUGAUAUACAGCUAUUUCGAGAAAGGUUGUCGGAAAAAAUGUGCUCGCGGUAAUCUACACUGUAGGCUGCUGAACCUACUUUUGAUGCUUUUCUUUAGCACUCGCAAACGUACAUCUCAUUCUUUGAAAUAGUUGAAUGUAAGUAUGCACGUUUUCGGUCUGGGAAAACUUCAGACAUUCUUGCAUGAUGUUCAUUGUGCAGUCUACUUUGAUUAAAAAAAAAUAUUUGAGACAGAAAAAAGGGAACUGCAUCUCGCCUUUUCUUCUGGCAAAAGAUUUGUCUCUGCAAUGUUGAGUGCCUUCGCAGCUUUUUGAAAAGCUUUUCACUGACAACAAAGCUUGCAAAACACUGAAUGCCUUUUGGUUUCAGACACAUGUUGGGCACCGAUCCUUAGGGAAGUGAAAUGGGGUGACAGACCAUAAAAUUACGUACCGGACUGUUACAGAACAACUUUGUUAACUGUCGUUGACAGCCAACUAAACAGAAAGACCUGUGCGCGAAAUUCUCGCCAAAAAUAUUAAGUUACAGAGGCAUCACAGAGGAGGCAAAUGUAAAUAGAAACGUCAUAUCUAUAGUAUCUCGAUCCCCCGUAGUCUCGAUUUCAAAGUGUUACUAAAUUAUCUCUGCUGUGAAAACAAGGGUUUGGGUAGGUGGGGUGCUCAGUCUCGCGGGCUCAUAAAAUAUGCAAGGCGUUUUUAACUAGGCUGCCAAAGCGAUUUUUCCUGGGGGAGGGGUGGCUGUACACAUUUUUCAGGCCACCACAUAUUAACCUUGUGGCAUCUCAUGUAAGAGUUAAACAUAAUUUCAUUUGAACAUUGUACCCUUGUGGAACACUUUCGUAACAAGAAAAAUGAGUACCAUUUUUAAGUCGGAGCUGUAUUGUAACUUUGCAGAUUCCACCCGCAUGAAUAAAAAUAAGCAAGUUGGCCAUUCCAAGCAGGAAACAAUUAACAAUUAUUGGACGAGGUUGAGCAAAAUAUCGUGAUUUGUUUGUGGCAAGCAGAUCAAUUAUUUGCCGAAGCUGAGGGCUGAGGCAAAUAAUUCAUCUGCGAGACACUGACAAAUCACGAUAUUUUGCGAUAACCGUGUUCAGUAAUUGUUUUAUCAUUCGAUCACUGAGAGCAAGAGCGAUCGCAAGAAGAAGAAAAGCACGGUUUCCUUUACGCAUGAGCAGAAUAUUAUUUGCAUCCAAACACUGUUGGACGGCAUUGCACAUGAGCAGACCAUUAUUUGUAGGCAGUUAUUUGCCGUUCACGCGGUGGGAUCUCGGCCAAUGAAAACAAAGAAAAAUUUGCUUCGAAUGAUAAUAACCGUUAUUUUCACACACCCCUCCCUGAAUCCCUCUGACAUCCCGAAAAUAUGGUGUGACAGUAUAACGUGACUAAUUUGACCUAAGGGGAAUUCCACAAAUUAUUGUCAUUCAACGGUUCAUACGAACACUACAGGGUUAGCUAUACUGUUAACCAGCAUUACAUUUCUCAAUUGUGGUUCUUAAAACUAACAAAGCAAAUAAAUUUUUUAGGUUUAUUUUUGUCUGAUAUUGCGUUUACACUCCUUUUUAACUGUCCUAGUGAAUAUGGAAGGCUCAAACGCAAACAAAAAAGAAACCGCAAAUAGAAAAAAAGGAGAAAACGCAAAUUAAAAAAAAGGAAAACGCAAACAAGAAAGGAAAACGCAAAGGGCCUGAGUUCUCGCAAGCCGUCAGGUUUAGUGUUUCUGAUAUACAGAUGUAAUAGACAGCAGAGAAUUCGAAGAAAGGCGAUUAAUUGAACACUAUUUUCAUCGUGGAUUUCAAAACCGAGUUAUUGUUGAUUUCCUUAAUAAUCGACAUGCAGUCACAAUGAGUCUUUCAAACUUUGAAACGACGGCUUCAUGACUACGGUCUCAGUAGACGUGGCGUGGACGUUGGCGAGCACAAAGUGAGGGAAACCGUGCAUUUAAUCGAAUAAAUACAGUAUACCAGUUACGGUUUCUGCUGGCAUGCUGAUGGGAUGGUUUAUUUACUCGUAUCAUUGCUGGUCUCUACACAUUUCUUCUACAGCCGGUAGGGAGGAGUGAGAAAAAAAAAUUCACUAGUGCUCAUUCCUUAAUUCUCAGAACUUGUCAUUGCAUUUAUAAUAUAUUAAGGAUUAAUUUGAAGCAGAUCGCACGCUUGGGCAAUAAGUCCCCAAUACUUAAGCUUAUAUGCAAUAUAAUACGACUAAAUUAACCAACUAUCAACAUGCCAGCAUAAAUUGGGACCGUAUUAAAAAACUGGUAUAUCUCCACCUUGCCAACCUUCUGGUCUCGGUCAUAGAAUUUUUCACCCUUGGCCGGGCUGUUCAAAGCAGGUUUAAGAUAACCCAGGGUUAGUGCGAAAUUUGAAUUCAGAUAAGAAAGCAUAAAAAGCAAAUUCAGUUUUAUUCUUUUUGCCUACAAUUUGAUGAUUGGAUGCUCUAAAAAGAAUAGAGAAAAUUGUCGGGGAAAAUGCUUUUUGAGCAAAAGAAAAAGAAACCCCGGUUAAAAUUUAACCCUGGGUUAGCGUUAAUCGGCCUUCGAAUAACUUGGCCCAGAACUUUCACCCAAAUGACGCCAGAUGGGACAUAUGUUAAGGACAGAGCCUGAUUGGAGCCCAGGUUCCGCUCGUAAACACUUGAAUGGUUACCAAGCUUUUGGAAGUGUUCCAAAAGUCUUUUUGAGAUUUGCAUUCUGGGACGCUCCUUUCAAAAUAGGAUAUACAGUGAGUUUUCAUUUCCUUUGAUCAGUACUGAACCACAGUUACGCUUAAGUUCGUUAACCUUGCUGCGGGUCUAAAGAACUUUGGAGGAGUCGAAAUUAGGUACUGCUGAUGAGACACUGAUUUAGACAGGAGAAGGUAAGCUGAAGACAAACAUAUUUCAUAAAAAAAAAAAAAAUCUCGAGCUUGAAUGAUUUUAUUUUAGACAUCCAAAUGAAUAUAACAAAGCUGGUCUUUUCCAAGAUUCCCGCUUUCUGAUGUUUCGCUAUCUCCAAAGCGAAUAUCAGGAAUAUUUCGCGGAAAUUGGCUGGGAUUCCCCGCUGUGGUUUGAAUUUGUUUUCCAUGUUUCGUCAUCAAUAGACCUUGUCACGGUUUUCGACGCCAUCUUGACGAGUAGGCAAACGCGUGAGAAAUCUCAGUGAUUGUAAGAGAAUCUAAUGUCGAAUAAUUUCCGUAGAACGGCUGUUCUGAAAACAAAAAUAUGAUUUGUAAACUAAAGCUUCACUCCCAAGGAUUCUCCUGAAAAAACUUGAGGGCGUUACAUGUACCAGAAGACCUAGAACCACUUUUCAAAAUUUUCUAUACAUUUGUCAAUAAGAAAGUCCCCGGAAAAUUACAAACAAAUAUAUGGAAAAUCCAAAGAAAGCCUCUGGAGAAAUUUAAGCACAGGUACGCCCCCAAUUUUUUUAGGACAAUCCUUUGGUUUGUAGCUUUAGUUUACAAUUGAUAUUUUGUUCAGAACAGCUGUUUUACGGAAAUUAUUGGACAUUAGAUUCUCAUACAAACACUGUAGUUUCUUGGUGCGUUUGCCUACUCGUCAAGAUGGCGUCGAAAACCGUGACAAGGUCUAUUAGUAGGCUUAAUGAAAUUGAAUGUAGAACAACAAAUUGAGUGAAAAACGAAAACAAGCGCUUAUAACCGUUAAAAGAAGCUACAGAUAACACAGUAAAUACAAAACGAAGCAUAGAUGGACAACAAACUUGAAGAAGAUGAAACCUUGACCAAUGAAAUGGCUGCCCUCUGCACAGUGAACAAACAGCCCUUCUUUUCCAAGCCCAAUCGUCAAACCUAAGGCGAAAACGAACAAGGAGGAAGGGAAUCAACAAGAAGCACUAAACGGCAUUUAUGCCCUUUAAAAGAAAUGCAGCGGGAUGUAAAAACCAAGAAUGCAUCAAGGCAGAUUAUGCAACCAGGGGUUUCAUUAAGAAUAUUGCAGUAGCAGGAGAAUAGUGUAAAGUAACAGGAGAAUAUUUUGAAAGAGCGAAGCCCUUCACCGGAAAGAGUUUGAAAACGAACCUGGAAAUUUUGUGUUUUAAACCCUGCUGAGUUGGCUUUUCCUAUUGGCUGAUAGCAAAUUUGUAAAUACCCAAAUUAGCACCGCGGCGCUUAUUCGAGAGCGGUGCUUAUUAAAUUAUUUUUGGUAAAGGUGCGGCGCUUAUUUGAGUUGCGGCGGUUAAUCAAUCUUUUACGGUAUCUCUCAGUGAAGUUUGUUUUCUUUUGAUUUUGACCAGAAAUAGUUAUGCCCCGGACUGAUAAACUCACAACAACAACAAUUUUCAGAAUUUCUGGUGGAAUAAAUGCCAAUUUGUUUUUGUUUUUUAAAGAAUAACUAAGGCAAGCUUAUUUAGACAUGGCAAUGGCAUGAAAUUACAGUCUGGAUUUAUAUUAAAAGCAAGAAUCGCCGAAAGGCGACUCUGAACUGGGCUGCAAAGGGGCUAUUUUUUCUGAGGGGAGGGGGCGGCUAUACACACUCAGGCUACUACAAAACCUUGUCACCGACCAUUGCAUGCGACAGAAUCUCAUGUGAGACUGAAACAUAAACUCAUUCAGAACAUUGUACCCUUUUGAAAGACUUUCCUAACCAAAAAAAAAGAGUACCAUUUUUAAGUGGGGGCUGUAUAAGUACUUUUAAAAUCCACCAUUAUGAAUAAAAAUAAAUAAGUUAGCCAUUAAUUCUAAGCCGGAAACGAUUUGCAUUAUUUUCAUGCACCCCUCCAAUCCCUCUGUGCCCCAAAAUAUAGCGUGACAGUAUAACGUGACUAAUUUGACGUAACCGGAAAUUCCAAAAAUUGUUGUCGUUCUACAAGCAUAAAGUGCGACGGACGGAGCUGAUUUACACUAGACAGAAAUAUUGUAUUGUAUGAAAAUUAAACCAGAAGUAUACUAAAACAGACAGCCAACUGCUCAUUGAUCCCGCCUGAUCCAGGGGCCUCUGACUGCACUGAGACUUUGCUGCGCUUUUCACAAACAUGCGAACUCUAAACUUCAAAAGCCACCUUCACAAUUGUGUUUUUUGCUGCCGUCAAUCAUUAUUACGAUCACAAGCGACGAACCUUGAAACAGAGAAACACAAAAUGGAUCGAAAUCCACAAAUCGCAUACCAUGACCUUUUGAACCCGUGAAGUAAAGUUUUGUUUCCUAAGAGGUCCGUUAAGAUAAGAUGAUUGACAGCAGCAAAAAACGCAAUCGUCGGUUGGCUUUUGAACUUUAGAAUUCGAUGUUUGUGAAACGUGCAGUAAAUAGAGAAUCCUAAUUUGCGGUCUACAGUCUACAGUCUACAUAAAAACCGGCACUAUUUUUUCCACAAGAUAAAAAAUAUUCAGUUUUAAGAGUUUCCUCUUGGUGUUUUUCUCUAACUUAAAGGAAUAAAAUCCUUUGCAUUUUGUGACGUAAAAAAGUUUAAAGAUUUCUUGCUCGCAUGUUGCUUUCAUCAGCACGCACUUCAAACAAUGUAAAUAGAUGAGACGAUCGACAACAUAUUUUUUACCUGAUACCGAUAUGAGUUAAAAAUUCGCUCGAGUUCAUUGUUUGUCUCACCCAUGACUAACUUUUCCUCAUGGACGAUAACUAUGCUGCUUUAUAACUCCUCGGAAGUUUCUGUGCCAGCUAAACAAUAUGGAAUCACUAUUCACAGUCCUUGGAUAUUAAAAAGACUGAACGUGACGCACUAUUGUGACUUUGUUUACUUCUGAUCACAUCUUCAAGCGAAGUCUCUCUUUUCAAGCGAUUCAUCUCAAUGCACAAUAAUUGACCCUUAUAUGAGUUAAAACCCUAUGGUUCAUUUACUGAGUAUAUUAAUGCUGUUUUUGCCCCUCACAUUGACGGUGUUCGUUCAUAUUCAAAACACGUUUAGGAAAAUAAAGGUCUUAUAAGUCGUGUAUUAUGUUUUGAGAUAAAUGGAUUAUACGUUUUUUUAAGUGUCCAUUUUGCGGCGACUUCAGUCACAGGCGGCCCAAACUCACGUUGCGAGAAAAGGUUGUAACGUAAUUUACAUAACAUAGGUGAUGCGCCGGUGUCGCGUUACAGGCGACCAUUGAAAAUAUAAGAGACUUUGUAUGAGAAAUAUAUUACUGAGAUCUUUGAACGCUAAAUAACACUAAACCUUACUUUUGCUUAAAUGAAAUGAAAUGAAUAAAAAAGUCUUACCUGCAUUCUAUUCCACUGCGUUUUGGUGUCUGUUUGUCGUUUUACUGUUUUUUUGGCUUUAUUGUGUAACUGCUGUUACUCCUUUCAUAGAACGAAGUGAAGGCUUGUCACUUCGAUCUGGCAGGGUCCUGGACCAGUCGCAACAAAAAUGCCAUUUUUUUCGCCGAAAUUCAAAUCCGCUGCAAAUUUUUCAGCUCCAGCCCAAGAAGGAAACCUCUUCUUCCUCUAUGGGAGAUCGGCUCGAAAAAAAAUCCAUAAUUUCCCCAUCAAAUCAAGCCAUUUGUGCCGGACUUCGAGGCACGUCUGGCUUUCCUCUAGUGCCUGUGACCACUGUUGCGCCUACAAACUAAUUUGCAUUUGAAAUUGGAAACCUUGCUAGGGUGACAAUUAGCACUUACGCGACGGGUGCAAGGGCAGAAAUGACCCGUUAACUAGGCUCCUCGCCCCACCACGCCAAGAGAGUAAUAUUUCAUCAAACUUAAAUUUUAACGCGGCUUUUCCAGCUUCUUAUCACCGUUUUAGAAUUUAUAGGCUGAUCAUGUUUAUCAUAAAGCGUGGAUCAGUAGAACCAGUAUGUCCUCCUCUGUCAUACUCAUCCUUCCACCAUUGCGUGUAGUUUUCUAGGAGUUACUGGUAGCCCUUUUUUUUGACGGAAUGAUUUCUCACUAAUAGAAAAAGGAAUAACCUAUUCAAAGCUUGGCGUUGUGCAUUGAAUAAUACACUCUUUUCUUCAUCUCGCUGAAACAUACUCCCAUUAUUGUAAUUGUGAUCCUUUCGUUGCCUACCUGGACACGCGAUCCCUUACAUAGCGCGAGCGUCAUAUUACUCCCUUGGUGUGGUGGGGCGAGGAGCCUAGUUAACGGGUCAUUUCUGCCCUUGCACCCGUCGCGUAAGUGCUAAUUGUCACCCUAGCAAGGUUUCCAAUUUCAAAUGCAAAUUAGUUUGUAGGCGCAACAGUGGUCACAGGCACUAGAGGAAAGCCAGACGUGCCUCGAAGUCCGGCACAAAUGGCUUGAUUUGAUGGGGAAAUUAUGGAUUUUUUUUCGAGCCGAUCUCCCAUAGAGGAAGAAGAGGUUUCCUUCUUGGGCUGGAGCUGAAAAAUUUGCAGCGGAUUUGAAUUUCAGCGAAAAAAAUGGCAUUUUUGUUGCGACUGGUCCAGGACCCUGCCAGAUAGAAGUGACAAGCCUUCACUUCGUUCUAUGAAAGGAGUAACAGCGGUUACGCAAUAAAGCCAAAAAAACAGUAAAACGACAAACAGACACCAAAACGCAGUGGAAUAGAAUGCAGGUAAGACUUUUUUAUUCAUUUCAUUUAAGCAAAAGUAAGGUUUAGCGUUAUUUAGCGUUCGUAGAUCUCAGUAAUAUAUUUCUCAUACAAAGUCUCUUAUAUUUUCAACGGUCGCCUGUAACGUGACACCGGCGCGUCACCUAUGUUAUGUAAAUUACAUUACAACUUCUUCUCGCAACGUGAAUUUGGGCCGCCUGUGCUUCAGUUAACAUUUCCAUAAAAUGGUAGAAGAAAUAUCAAGAAACAUCACAAGAGCUGAAAAUUUUCAAAGGCAUGUUUCUGGAACUCGCUAAUGCUGACAUCAAUAUAGCGUGCUUGCUGAAUGGGCGAAAACACAGAAUUGUGAUCACAAGAUCAUGUACAAAUUUAACGAUAAAAGCUUAGCAAGAUACAGAUACAAACAAAAGCAAACCCCCUGAAACCUCGACGUGGGCUACACUUGUAUGCUCUACUCAGUCACCAACCCUUGUCAGUAAUAGCUCCUAUUUCCCUCAAGUCAAGCCUUGAACUUGUGUGCGAAAUUUGCAGAGUUCCUAUUUUUGUCCGUGUCUUCUUUAUCCUCAGUAUCCGAAAUUUAGACCUCCAAAUUAAAUAGAAGGAAAUAUUUAAAGGAAAAGCCAGUCUUCUAACAUGGCAAAGUUGUCACGUCCCUCGCUCAUGGACGUGCGUAACAUCAGGAUUCAUCUGCCCUUCAUCGGCAACUGAGUUGUUCGCUUCACUGACUACGACAGCUUACAAUCAAGUCUUCAGCCAUAGUGUCGUCAACUGGUGAAAUAAUUCUCUCUUUGAGUUCACAAAGCGGCCCAGGCGUUCCAAACCUGACGCUCACAGUCAUCUUUUGGUGUGAACCUACAGUGAACGGCGUGUCGGUUUGUAUGCAACGUGAGCAUUUCUCUGAGUUUCCCAGCGCCAACAUCAUCUACCUGACUUAAACUCGAACAUUAAAAAAAUUAUAGAGUGACUCCCAUGAUCGAAUCGCUUCGAACAAUGCAAAUAGCCUUCUUCAGGUUCGCAACGCCUGGUGGGUUUUUCAGGGGGAGUGGAGAUGAGGUACAAAAAGUAUCCGUGCAAGGCUCCGUGCAAGAGAAAAUCCUAUGAAACCAUUUGUGAGAACAUGGCUUCUCGGUACCAGACCCUCGUGUCCUCCCUCCCCCGGAUGACCGUUUUUCGACACCGACGACCGAAAACCAAAUUUAUGACUGGGCCUCACAGGCAGCCCAGUAGUGAAACCCAUUUUUAUUUUUACAACAAACAGAUUUUCUUGUUGUUUCUGUAAUAAUUAAUUCACAUUCGUUAUGACUGAUGUAACAGUACUUAGAUCCACUCGCAGCACCUUACAAUAUUAUUUGUAAGCUCUAGUACAUAUUUUAAAUCUACAGGUACACAGGCUGUUCAGUUUUUGGAUCAACCACACACUGUAAAUGGAGCCCUUUGCUGAUCCAGCGCGUUCCAACUGUAACAAACCCUGCUGGUAUGACAAAUUAAAGAUUGCUCAUAAAGUAGCAUAGACACUAUAGUGAGGUUCAUCUUAACAAUACUAUAAAUGAACCUUAUCCAUGGAUACUCAUGAGUAUUUCCAAAGUCUUAAUAAUAGGUUUACUUUAAUGUUCAUUGUCUCUGGUCUAUAUUGCAGUCAGCGUUUCCAAAAUAUUAUACCUUAUUACACCCAUGUAUAUAGGAAAUUAAUGGCUGUAUAUAAAACUGGGAUGGGACUAAAGGGGACUGGGACAUUGGGAUGCGUGUGUGGGCACUCUGGGACUUGGGGACAUCAAGUAUGGGACAUGUGGGACAAGGGCCAAGGGCCAAGGGACGUCAAAUACAGGGACGCGGGGGACGUAGGGAUGUGAAUGAUCCCCGGGGGGGCACUUGGGUAUUUUUUGGGUGGGUAUGUGCUGCCCGGGACUCCAAAUUGGGACCCCCUUCUAAAAACAAUUUUCCCUAAAAUUGAUACCCCGUUCUAGAAAUGGGCCGAUUUUUUAUACCCCGUUCUAGAAUUCGCCUUAAAACUGAUACCCCGUUAUAGAAAUGGGCCAAUUUUUUGUACUCCGUCCUAGAAAGUUUGUAAAUUGAAAUAGCCCUGUUUUUUUAAAAAGAUACACAUCAAAUAAUACUUCUUCAUAAUCGGCAACAAUUUUAAGCAGAAGAUAAAGCCGUGAUCCACAAUUUUUUAUACCCCGUUCUAGAAAACGCCUCUGAAAUGGAUACCCCGUUCUUAAUCAGGAGCUUCAAAAUCACUACCCCGUUGGGCGGCACAUACCCGUAUAGCUAAUGUAUGGGAGUACCCUCCCCGGGGAAUGAUCAUUGCAAAAAUCAGAGGUAAAUGCCAGAUCUACUGUGGCUCAUAGAGACAAACACUUCCCAGAAUCUAAAACACUUCACAGAAAUGAAAAUACAUCCCAGAGUCCAAAAUUCAUCCCAGAAUCCAAAAUCAUGUCCCAGGAUCCAAAACACUUCCCAGAACGUAAAAACACCUCCUGUAAUACAAAACACGUCCCAUAAUCCAAAAUUGUUUUGGAUCGAUUCUGGGAUGUGUUUUGGAUUGUGGGAAGUGUUUUUUGUCCCUACGAGCCACCGCAGAUAUCAGUCACUUUCCUUGUGAAUAUGUUUUGGUGAAGCAGCCCACCCUACCCUCCUUAUGGUUUCAGCGUUUUCACUGUCUUCAAUGCAGGGGGUCUUCACCAUGUUAAUCGUCAUGGAGGAUUUCCUAGGUAAGGUUAGGCUGUGUUUGUCUCGAUUGUCACUAAAAUCCUAACACAUCCAGGAUCCUUGUUGAAUCUUGUAAAUUUUGAGCUUGAAGAACACUCUAUGCAAUAUUUAGUUUAACAAUUUGCAUUUUUUGUUGCCAGAUUAUUCAGAUUUGAACUACUUACCAUCGCCUGUACCACUACACCACGGGGGAUUCAACUAUUGCAACAAUAUCUUAUUUUGUUUUACAUAUUUUUAGUGGCAAACCUAACAGUAAAUGCUUGCUAACAGUGCGUAACCCUUAUCACAAUAGUCAGUGCGCUUACUCCUAUAUAAGGAAAUACUUUGUUUAAACAUCAUAAGGUGUUCAAUGUGGUUCUGGACGAUGGAAUCUAAUGUUCACCACCCAAUAACACAUUUUCAUGAAGAAAGAAAUACAGUGUAUUGCAUUGACUUCCAACUUUUGCAAUAAUCAUUAACGUCCCCGUGUCCCGUAUCCCCGUAUUAAAUUUUAACGUCCUGCAUCCCCGUCCCAAGUCCCUCGCCUUGCGUCCCUAAGUCCCAAGUCCACACACACGUGCCCCAAUGUCCCCAUCCCAGUUUUAUGCACAGCGGAUAUUAACGAUGCACUUUAUUAACGCGAUUUUUUCAUCUUAAUUUACGUCCAUGUUUAUUUAUAUCUCACUAUUUUACAUCAUUGUUGUUUUUCGAUCAGCACCUUUAUUUUAAUAACAAAACUUCGUCUGCUCAUAGUUCCUCGGUCAAUGCCUUGGAGUCACUAUCUGACAGUUUCAGGACAGUUUUUCUUUACUGCGCUUUUCAAAAACAUGGGAACUCUGAAGUUCUAAAACCGCCUUUACAACUGCGUUUUUCUCUGCGCGAGACAAUAAUAAUAAUUAUUAUGAUCACAAGCAACAAACCUCAAAACACAGAUACACACAAAACUGAUCGAAAUGCACCAAUCAAAAAUCACAAACAAUGACCUUUUGAACUAGCCUGCGAACGACAGACGUUUCUCUUUGCCGCUGAAGGACGUUUCGUGAGGAGGAACGUCUGCGACUCAGCGACAGAAAUUCCAUACUGAUGACGUAAAUCAAUGUUUACAUAAAUAAAUCCGGUAGUCAUGGGGUUCCAAAUGCAAAUUUGCUCAAUUUUACGUUUUUCCUGGUCGAUUUUGGUGAAGUGUUGUGUUCAUCUGCGAAUGAGCUGCAGCAAAACUCAUAUGCUACUUGUAGAGAAGACUACAUUCCACAAAUAUUGACUGCUUUGUUAGAGAUUCAUUGCGUUUACGUUUGACCUUUGCGGCCUUUUGUCUGUCAUUUGUAAACAAUAGCUAUAACAAUGAAUCUACUCUGUCGACCAAUUAGCGCUUCUGACUGGAUUCCGGACAGACUUUGCGUCAUCAGUAUGGAAUUUCUGUCGCUGAGUCGCAGACGUUCCUCCUCGCGAAACGUUCCUCAGGGGUGAUGAGCGAGGAGAAACAUCUGCCGUUUGCAGGCUACUUUUGAACCCAUUGAAGUAAACCACUUUUCCCUAAAUACGCAAACAUCAGUUAGAUUUUGCCUUUCCCCGAGGAUGACUGGAAAUGACUGAAAUGCUGUUUUUUUCCUUUAGAUAUGUAUGUUGAGAAGUUUGUAUUGCAGCAAAUUUGAGUAAAAUAUAGUUAGGCGUAAAUUGUUUUCGAAAAUUUUGCGUUAAUUUUAUUUAUAUACGUACAUGUAAACCUAACUUUUGGAAAAUUCACGUUAAUUUUGUGUAAUGUAAAUUUUCUUUGCGUUGUCAACGUGCAUCGUUAAUAAGGUAUUUUUUAAGAUUCCCUUGCCUAGACUAAAUUAAUCUUCAACCAUUAUUGACAAGAUUACAGGAAAAUAAUACCCUAUUCUAGACCCAAACUCUCUGGUUUCUAUAUACUCCAUCCCAGAGAGUAGAAAUCUUGAAAACCAUACCCUUCUCAGUGGUACAUACCUGUUUAGUCUAUAUUUGGCAGUAUCUCUCAUUUCUUAUAUAUAUAUAUAUAUAUAUAUAUAUAUGUGUGUGAUUUAGCUAAAAGGUGCCCGCUAAGGUUUCGCUUGAACACGGCCAUCACAAGCCAGUGUAGCCGGAAAAAAAACAGGGUGCUUGCUGUCUUGCUAGGUGUCAGCAGAGAGCCCAGGCCCAGACCUAUUGAUGGGUGGGAAGCUGACUUGUUUUGUGUGAGAACCAGGGGGGGUAGGGAGGUGAGAGUUUGUCACUUUGAUUAGAGUUUCAUGUCAGACAGCAGUGCAAAGUCAGAGAAUUUUUCCUGUGGGCUAGCCCAGCCAAAUCAAUGCUGUGACUCAUAAUCAUAACACUACUAGCGGAGCUUGGGGAUAGUGAUUGACUAGUCAUAAGCUUCAUGGGUGGGGAGGGUGAGUACUUGCUCCUUGGACUUGGCUGUCUAGAGACUCAGUAGAGGCACCUGGUAUGAAAUCCACACAGAUAUAAAUAUAUACUUGAAAGGUAUUUGUACCGUCCUUUUGAAGAGCAUCAAUGUAUUUUCCUUUUUUUUCUCAGUCCUUCUUUUUUUCUUACGGUUUUAUCAAGAAAUUUUGUAGUGGGGGUGCCCGAUUCAGUGGUCUGUAUUAAUUAAAACGGUCCUCAAAACCUUGUUUAGGACGUUGACUUUGUGCCAUUUAAGCAGACAUUUUCUCUUUUUUGGUACAUGUGCCAAUGAAGGUGUGAUAACAUAAUGUGUUACUAAUCAGACUAUUUUUUAGGGGAGUCUAAUGUUUUGUUCAAAAAAUUCUAAAACUAAAUAAAAUAAGUGAAUAAAGGCUACUGUAUAGAAUCUUAUUUUAAAAUCUAUUGAUGAGAAGUACUUUUAAAAACAAGUAAAAAUUAUAAAAAAAUCUACUUUGACACUUCCUUUGAAAAGGUAUUUAACUAUUUAAAGGAUAUUCAAAAUUUCCAAUCUCUCUUUGCCUUCAAGUAAUUUACCGUACCUGCAAAAUUUCUUUUUAAAGGAUAAUUGAUAGUUUUACAUUUCUUUAGGACUUAUCCAUGGUGGUGUUACCACACACAUCCCUUCGAAAGGUAUGACAGAAUUAAAGGGUACUUAUAAAGUAGCAUAGACACUGUGGUGAGGUCUUGGCUAAUUCAGUUAGAAUCACUUUAAAGGUAUUUGUACAGUGAUGUUUAAAUGUGGCUACACUUAAGGGUGUUACUAAACUUAAAAUCCUCGAAAACUAAGACCUUCUUAAUUUUCUAGAUUACAAGAAAUAGGACCCGCUGAAAUCGAAUCCGUCGAAAUAUAAAGUCUUGUAACUAAAAUAGGUAUAAUCUGUCAAAUUAUCUUUUGUCCGAUCCUUUCCACCGAGUUUUAGGUCAAAUUUAACGGCAAGUUUAGGGGUCGUAGUUUUCGUAAUUUCGAAAACUAAGACCCCUAACCCUAACUCUAAGCCUAACCCGCCAAAAAAACAAUCUGUAAAAUAUAUAUGAAGUCGAAUUACGACCGUUCAAAGGCUAUAACCCGUAGAACAACCAAAAACUAUCAUCACGACCCGCUUCUUCUCAAAAUUGCAGACAUAUCAGUGGUGAGGCUUUAAAACAGGAUGAAAGCCAUAGACUUCCUGUAUAAUUGUUAAAAUUAUAAAAUUGCGUAAAAUUGGCUUUCCACUGGAGGUGGAUUUUUGUCUUCGUUUCCGGCUGACAUGUCGCUGCGACCCUGAUGCAUGGUCAUUACGGCGUUAUCGGUCAAACAUCACACAAAAAUACGGAGUUUUUCCUUUUCUGGCCAGGCUAUAGCUAGAAAAAUGCUUUCUUAAAAACAGAGAAAAAAAAGAGUAUAUGCUACAUUGCGUUUUUCAUGAGUUUAUUUUAAUAGUUGCGGUAUCCCGGAGAUGACACUGGAAACGAGAAUACUGAUAUGUCUGGCUAAAUUAAAAUUUAACUAACUAAAAUUGUAGACCAAUCGGCGGGGUAAGGCAUAGUUUCAGAGUACAAUUAUACACAGGUGGUCUAUGGCUUUCAUCCUCUUUUUAAAGCCUCAAUCCUGACAUGGCUGCAAAUUAUUAGAAGAAGCGGAUCCUCAGCACGCGGAUGAUAGUUUUUGGUUGUUUUACGGUUUAUAGUCUUUGAACGGUCGUAAUUCGACUUCAUAUAUAUUUUACGGAUAGUUUUUUGGGGGGGUCUUAGUUUUCGUAACACCGAAAACUAAGAGGGGUCUUAGUUUUCGAAAUUACGAAAAGUAAGACUCCUGAAUUUGCCGUUAAAUUUGACCAAAACCAGGGUGGAAAGGAUCGGACAGAAGAUAACUUGACAGAUCAGACCUAUUUCGGUAACAAUUUGACUUUAUAUUUCGACGGAUUUGGUUUUAGGAGGUCUUAAUUUUGGUAAUCUCGAAGACUCAUACGGGUCUUAGGUCUUAGGUCUUAGUUUUCGAGGGUCUUAGCUUUCGUAACACCCUACACUUAAAGACGAAUAAUUAUCAAAAGCUAUUUUGAAGAGCACCAAUGUCUUUUCCUUUUCUUUCUUAAUCCUUAAAACAGUCUUCGAAACCUUGUUUAGGAGGUUUGCUUUGUGUCGAGUUUUUUUUUUGGUACUCAGAGAAGGGCAACCUAUUUAUAAGUUUAGUUAGUAAAGAACUUAUGCCAUUGAAGGUGUGAUAAUAUAAUGUGAGACCAAUCCGAAUAGUUUCUUUUUUACAGGAGUCUAAUGUUUGUUUCAAUUUUCCUGAUGGAUCUCAAUUCUCUCUUGCAACUGACAUCUCAUGUUGCAAAAUAUUGUUACCACAACUAAUUACCUACUCUUGUUUCAUGUAGUUUUGAAAAAGAAUUUUAUUAUUAAUUUUAAAUUUUGAAUAAAUUUCCAUUUCUACAGCUUGGGCCUCACAGAGUGACCCAGGGGCUAACCUAUGGGCCUUUGACGCAUUUUGUUUUUUUUUUCCCCGAAAUUUGUGCGAGGGAGCAAAGUAGGAAUUAAAAAUAAAGCAGUAAUGCUGAUUCAUUUAUGAGGGUCCCAAAUACCUUGUUGGAGAUGCGGGAUUUCUCUUAUUUGAAGCUUGGGAAUCGGGCUUUGAAAGCCAAAUUAGGGCGAGAUUAGGGAUUGAAAGUGUGCGUAGGAGGUGGGAUGCCAAAAAAACUAUCGGGAUUACGGGAUUGGUCGACAUUUUGGGUUGGGAUUACGGGAUGGAGGACCCUAUUGAGGACCCUCAUUUAUACACUACACUAAACCUCUUUUAUACUUAGGUAUUGGCUUUGGCUUUCUGUGGCAAGAGCGCUUUCUUCUUUACGUUCAGUGGUACUUGAAGAUGUGGUUGAGCCUGAGAUUGGUGUCUUUUACCGAGAAAACAAGAAAUCCGAGAGCAAUCGUCUUCUCCUGCCAAAUAACAUAUCAAGUGGCAGUUUAAAUUAUUUGGGCAUUAACGAAAAUGUAUCCCGUCUGGAGAAAAAAUCAUCCCACUUUGACUGUGAAGUGAAAUCUGAAGUUGACUUUGCCAAGCUGUUCCUUGAACUCGGCAUGUGCAACUUUACUUCUUUUAAAGACUGUGAUUUAUUAACUUCCCUGGCCUUGCUUAGCAAGGUACCCGCGUUUAAGCCAGAUGUAAAGGCUGCUGCAGAAACCGUUAGAAUGCUGGUAAAGGAAUGGGCUCAUUGUAACCCUGUGAACUGGGAUCAAGCUAAGUCCCUGCAGAGCUUUCGUGAAAUGAAGCGACUGGUAGGAGUCCUGCCUUUAGCAUCAGAAGUGAGAAGUAAACUUCUUGGGAAGCUCGAGUUUUGGGAAAACCUUGGUAAGUGCCAAAACUUUUUGUAGUAGAUUGGUAUAUAUAGAGACAGUUUGGCCGUUUAUGCAUCCUUUUUGACAACCGUAUGCAUUAGACACAUUCGUUUCAACUCAUUGACAACAUAAUCAAGUUUAUAUUUCGUUGACCAUCGCCAUGCAGCUUUGAAACAUUAUUCUCUCUGCGUUUAGAAGAACAUUUGGUUGCAGAUUUUGUCAAUUUGGAUAUAAGCCCGUGAUAUGGCAGAGUAUGGUUGAAAGGCAUUCUGCAAUGCGAGUCUCAUUUCUUAGAAAUGAGUUGAUUUGGUUCUUCGCUGGUAACUAAUGUUGUUUUAAAGAAGUUAGUCUUUGACUGCCUGGCACGCGCUUGCAGAAAGUUUGGGCGCAAGAAAGAACGGGGCUCACGAGGGGCGAAGAGUAAGCUCCCUCUCCCCGGGCGUGCUUUCGGCGCCCUCCCCGUACUCUGAUCGCAGCCAUAACUUCCACGCGCCUGCUACGCAGGCUUAGUUAGUUAACAAUCACUCGACAAAACAAGACAAGACAUUUAUUAUCAAAAUAUUGUGUACAAUUUCUUGGUACGCAGUUAGCCAAAAAUGUUAGUCGUGGUGUACUAAAUUAAUUCUAUUACAAAACAGAUAUUACCUGAUAAGAAGUAAAUAGCAAAGAAAAGAAAGAAUAUGUGUAAUAAAGUCAAAAGCAAGAAAGACUAAUCUGUUUAAUGCAAGUUGUGAAAGAAGCUAAGGUUAUGGAUUUCGUGAUUUUAUUUCUUGCGUUAUCAUGAUUGCAUCAUUCGAUCUGAUGGAUGUAUAGGCCCCACGGACGCGCUGAACCUCUCCUCUCCAGGAUCUGCCACCGCAUCUUUUUUAUUUCUGUAGUAUAAAAACUCGGAUUUGUAAAACAAAUUCUUUUUUUGUGCAGGCAUGGAAACGGCUUUUUUUCAUCCACCACCAGCCAAGGCCCCUCGGACCUCCCGGUUCAUGGGUAAGCUAUUUGUUAAUUUAAUUAGCUUUUAAAGCUGUUUUUUAGCUCUCAGUGCUCGUUGCUUUUGAGUCAAACGUCGAACUUCACUUAAACUGUAUGACACACCUGUAAAUUUUAAUAAGCCAAAUCUGUCGUUCUCGCUCAUUAGCGUUACGUUUAGCCCUGCAAGGCCUUGGACGUCACCACCUUGUCCUAUUUGAUGUGCUUUCGACAAGCUUAUCACAUACACGUUGUAAUGUGAUUAGAACCUACGACAUGAUAGAUAGGUUAUAUGGAGACCGAGAGUGGAAAGCCAGAGUGCGCGUGUGUGUACGUUAUAAAUUUGCUCAGUAAUAUCAUGUCGUAGGUAGAUGAUAGUAAUAUCUGCUUCAGCGCUGAGCAAUGUCCACAAAUUCAAACAAGCUAAGUUUUGUAGAAGUUCAAACUGGUCGUAAAUGAAAAUUUAGUUUCCGUUUUGUUAUUAAAAAUUUUCUUGUCUCGUCUAUUACUUGCGUUAAAUUUUGCCUCGGCUUGAUUAUAAAGUGUUAAUAUAUUCCUGAUAAACUAAUCAAACCACGAAAAAUUACAUAUUUACUGACCGCAAUCAGAUUUUCUCCUAUACACUCUUUUCUUUUUUGGGGAUUUUGUCGGCCUAGGCUGAAUAUUCUUAUUUUUCUGCCGAUUUUAGGCUGACAAUAUUCUUGUAUUAUUAUUAAAAAUUAUAGCUUAUGACUUUUCCGUUUUAGAAUGUACCGUAAUGACUCGAUUUACCGCCCUCCCCCCCUUCAAAGGUGUUUUUGUUAAUAAGCGCCCUCAUUUCCAUAAGCGCCCCCAUUCUAAUACUAUAAUAUUAGAGUACGGGUACGCAUUAACCGAGGUUCAUCUUUCUUUAAUUGCUCACAAACGAACGGUAAUGCCACAUUACCACUGUGGUCUUCGUCUGAACAUUCACCGUAUAUUUGUUACUGUUACAGUUUCUGUUAUUGUCCCUUUUAAAAAAAAUAUUUAAGUUUUGUCUUGAACAUCAGGUUGCUUCUCAGAAAAAGAGAUAUGUGCCCUGUCUCGAAUAAGCGCCGUCCUUUGAGGUACCAAAAGUAAAUAAGCGCCCCGGGCGCUAAAUCAAAUCAUUACGGUAUUUGGACGUAUCAGUUACAGUAAGUACAGGUAUUUUCGUUUUGUUGGCAAGUUUUGCCAAAGGGAUAAUUUGAUACAGUUAAGUUAAAAAAAAUGUGAUUGCAUUACAGAUUUUUAACACUCGAAAUUAUAUCCUUUUCAAAAUCGCACCCUCGGGCUUAUUCUUAAUAUUGUUAAAAUUUCGCAAAUUUUAGCCUCAAUAUACAAUAUACUCAGUGUACAAUAUAUCUCUCACCGGAUGCAUUAGUAAUGCUUAAACAAUUAUAUCGUUAUAUUAUUUCAGUUAAGGAAGGCAACCCGUCUAAUGAGGAGCUUGAAGAGCUGGCACAGAACAUACGUGCUGAGGAUUGGAGAAAGCUUGGACGAAGGUUAAUCAAAUCGGAUGCCAAACUCGAUGAAUUUGAUAGCCAAAAAGGAGUGUCCGAGAAGGUCUACCAAAUGCUGUUGCAGUGGAAAGCAAGAGAUGGGUCAGAGGCAACAUACAAGGUCCUAAAUGACGCAUUAUGUCACAAACUGGUCCAGAACAGGGAGUUGGCGGAAAAGUUUUGCUGCAACCGAAAGAGAAGUUUUUAA